UCGGCCCUGCGCACGCCCCGGCAGUGAUGUCCCUCUGUGCCUCCCACAGCAACCAAGACGACUACCAGCUAGUCCGGAAACUCGGGCGCGGGAAGUACAGCGAGGUCUUCGAGGCCAUCAACAUCACCAACAACGAGCGUGUGGUGGUGAAAAUCCUCAAGCCAGUGAAGAAAAAGAAGAUAAAACGAGAGGUUAAGAUUCUGGAGAAUCUGCGAGGUGGCACCAACAUCAUUAAGCUGAUUGACACUGUCAAGGAUCCAGUGUCAAAGACCCCAGCUCUCGUGUUUGAGUACAUCAAUAAUACAGAUUUUAAGCAACUGUACCAGAUCCUGACCGACUUUGAUAUUCGAUUUUAUAUGUAUGAGCUGCUCAAGGCCCUGGAUUACUGUCACAGCAUGGGGAUCAUGCAUAGGGACGUCAAACCCCACAACGUCAUGAUAGACCACCAACAAAAAAAGUUGAGGCUCAUAGACUGGGGUUUGGCAGAGUUUUACCAUCCAGCUCAGGAAUACAAUGUCCGUGUGGCCUCUAGGUACUUUAAAGGACCAGAGCUCCUUGUGGACUAUCAAAUGUAUGAUUAUAGCUUAGACAUGUGGAGUUUAGGCUGUAUGCUGGCCAGCAUGAUCUUCCGAAAAGAGCCCUUCUUCCAUGGUCAAGACAACUAUGACCAGCUGGUUCGCAUUGCUAAGGUUUUGGGUACAGAUGAGCUGUAUGGAUACCUGAAGAAAUAUCACAUAGAACUGGACCCACACUUCAAUGAUAUCUUGGGGCAGCAUUCACGGAAACGCUGGGAAAACUUCAUCCAUAGUGAGAACAGACACCUGGUCAGCCCCGAAGUCCUGGACCUUCUGGACAAACUUCUGCGAUAUGACCAUCAACAGAGGCUGACUGCCAAAGAAGCUAUGGAGCACCCCUACUUCUACCCGGUGGUGAAGGAGCAGUCUCAGCCCAGCUCAGAAAAUGCUGUGCUUUCUAGUGGCCUGACAGCAGCACGAUGAAGACUGGAAAACGACGGGUCCGAUGCUGUUCCUCCCAAUUUUCCAUAAGCAGAACAAGAACCAAAUCAAACGUCUUAUCAGCGUGUGUACAGAGAUGGCGGCCAGACGGCGUGGCGGUGGCGGGGUACGAGAGCAGGGACUGCGCCGGCUUGAUGGCACCCAACAGUUUAUAAACACAAACCUUACUUCUGAAUGUAAAAGGUUCCUUCGCCUUUGACUUCCUGUUGACCUCUUCCUGACCCAGAAAGCAUGGAAAAUGUGAAGGGUAUGCAAAAUGGUUGUUGGUUAAUGUUGCUUCCCCCUCACCCCAGCUUUUGUUCCCUGAACUCCAGCGUUAACAUAUUAACUAGCUGGCUCCAGACUUGGCAGGGCAGAGAGGGAAUGGGGAUGGGGGUGGACUAUAUGGCAUGAUGGACAGUUCUAUAUUAUAAUUAAAAGAAUUAUAUAUUAUUGAAUAAAAGUUUUAAAAGAAAUGUAUGGAGAGUAUUCAGUAUGGAAGGAGCCAUGGGCCAUGACCUGCUGCAUUGGAAGAGGCUGGGAUUACUCUGAGCGCUUCCUGGUGCUCUUUUCCUUGUUUUAUAUUAUGUAGAGACGUUGGCAGGGGCAGAAGAGAGGGAGAUGAAUCUUGUACAAAGGCUUUUUGAAGUGUUAUGGAGAACGGGAGGCUACCUACUCUGCCUGUCGGGUGGUGCUUAGACACCUGGCAUAAGGGUGGACAGGAGCUGAAUAUACAAGAGAGCUCCAUGUUGAUUCCAGAUGUCCUUCCUUCAAAUGUCAAGCUCCUUUUGAGGCCUCAAUAAACACUAGAUGAUCACCCAUGUGGUGCCUGCACCUCUGUAGGUGCUGUGACUAGUGGCUGGGGGCCUUUGCCAGUGUCCUGUUUCUUCUUCCUUCCCUUCCCUGCCUGCCUCUCUAGAGUGAGGAGUGGGCUUGUGAAAGGCCCCACCUCUUUCACUUCCUCACCCCCAGAGGAGAAAGCAGUACUGUUGGGGAAAAGGCACUCCCCCCAAAGGUGCCUGAAUCGGGGGGGGGGGGUUGCAUUUGAUUCAAGCUCUACUUGCCUGAACGUCUCUGCUGGAUUAAAAAACAAAAGAAAUGCCCAUCUCGCCCUGCUUCAUCCUGUUAGGCCCAAUACCACCUAACAAACAGAAAAUGACUGACUAUUCCUAUAGUGCAGCAAGGGAGGGGCUAGUUCUUGGUUACGGUAAAAAAAACAAAACAAAACAAAAAAGCUGUCCCUGCUCCCUUGAACUGAAAAGGGCAUGUUAGAGCAGAAGAAACCUACUCCGCUUCCCUCUCCCCCUGCACUGGAAAGUCACGCUCCAUGUAGGGUCACAGUCUCCCCAGGUGCCUUCAGCUACAGACAGAGCCAGCAGUACCCACCAUGCUUUAAUGUGUUCACUCUUUCAUGCUCUCUCCCUGGCCUGUCACUGGAUCGCUAUGCAGUAGAUCAGAAUUGGCUGGGGGAGGGAUAGAGUACAUCAGUCUCCUUUGUUCCCUGAUGUCCCCCAA